AUGGUGGAUGGCGGGGCACCGGGACGACGGAGGCAGCUUCCAAACCCGCCAGCACACCCCACCCCACCUUACCUUUUACCUUGCUCACCUCUUUCUUUCUAUCCUCUCUCGCUUCCUCCCUCUAUCGCCGCAAAUAAUAAUAUUCUCAGCAGUGAUCCUCGUCGCGACUCCUCUGCCGACCUCUCAACCCGAUCCCCUUUUCAGUUGCUCCGUUACUUGUUUAUCCUAACCGUUACCAUGGGUGCUCACUCCGCUGUCUGGCAAGGUUAUGUCGAUUCCAGUCUGAUGGGAUCCGGCCAAUUUGACAAAGCUGCCAUCCUCAGUGUUGACUUCUCCGGCAUUGAGGCCUCAUCUCCUGGGUUUACGAUCACUCCCCAAGAAAUCCAAGCCCUCGGUUCCGCAUUCGGUAACAGCGAAUACGCUAUGCAGAAUGGUUUCACAAUUGGAGGCGAGAAGUUCUUCGCCAUCAGAGCUGAUGAUCGCAGUCUGUACGGCAAGAAGGGCAAGGAAGGCGCUGUCGUUGUGAGGACCGUCUCCUGCGUUAUGAUCGGUCACCACAACGAAUGA